AUGACGACCGCGUCUCGCACAAAUCUCGGGCCUCUCACGACGACCUUUCGCCCGCCGUCAUCCUGCUCGCUCGUCGGUCGCGACUGUGCCACUUGCGACUAUGGUUACCAGGCCCAGACGUGCAGCGAUAAUUCGGCCAACACGAUCGGCAUGCAGGACAAUGCCAAUUGCUGGCCGCCCCGGAGCAACCUCGACGUGGCCACGCCCGCCGCUCUGGUUGGCUGGGGCUUCUACUCGCCCGGCCUGAUCUGUCCUACUGGCUACCAGACUGCCUGCAGAGCCACCGGCAGCGUCGACGGCGGCUUCGGCUUCAUGUUCUCGCCUGCGCCGUCCGAGACUGCCAUCGGCUGCUGUCCUACUGGCUACACGUGCCGUUUCGAUCGUUCCUAUGAGGUCGCCCAAACCUGCGUUAGCAUUGCCACGGCAAGCUCCUUUCCCACACUUCAAUGCUCCUCCGGCUUCAUUGUCACCACUGGAUCUGCCACCGUCCCCAUAAGUGUCACGAUCGUCGACAGCGGGUCGGCCUUAACGACCUCAAUCACCGCCCUAACCCUCGAAGCUCCCCUGUUUCAGCUGAUGGUGCAAGCCACCGACCGCAUCACCACAAACACAGACUUCUCGUCUUCAGCAACCUCCAUAUUUCCGACUUCCUCGUCUAGCUUGUCUGCCACCUCUUCUCUCACCCAUGCUCCUACGACAGGACUAAGCAAGGGCGCCGUAGCCGGCAUUGCUAUCGGGUCUGUCGUGGGCGGACUCGCACUGCUCGGCGGACUUGCCUAUCUCUUCUACCGGAGAUACAAUAAACAUAAGAAGCUAGGUCCUGGAGCUGUGCAAUAUACACAAGCGCCCAUGGACCCACAUACGGACAAGCCAGAGCUGAUGGCCGACAUGUCAGGGACAAAGUAUCCUACACCGGCACCAAUGUAUGAGGCACCGGUGACACCAGCACCAACGGCAGAGCUGCCAUCACCGCCAGACCAGCUAUAUACACUGCGGUCAGAGUUGCCAUGA